UAGGUUUUAUCAGAGGUUUAGCCUCCUCAUUUAUUUCACUCUGUUUUCUUUGACAAGUAACGUUGCUUUCUUCUAAAAUCCCCAAACCACCUCUGCUAGGGUUACGACGGAAGGAGGAUUGGACAAAAGUUCCGAUUGAAUAGUGGUAAUCUAAUUCAAGAAUUAGGAGGGAGGAAAAUGAGCAAGUCUUCUAAGGGAUCGAGGAAAGUAGAGGAGAGUGAAAGCAACUCUGAGUUUGAGAAUGAUGAAAUGUUAAAUGAGAUGUCGGAUGAUGUUGAGAACUUUGAUGAAGUCAACGAUAGCGAUGACAACAAUGACUGUAGUGACAGUGACGACGACGAUGAUGUUAACCAUUCCAACAACGAAGAUGAAAGUGGAGAACACGAGGAAGAGGAAGACGAGGAAGGAGAUCAAGAAGAAGAAGAAGAAGAAGACCGAGAGAAACUGACUGAGGACCAUAAAAUUGCUGGAAUCGAAGAACUUAAGAAAGAAUAUAUGGAGCUCAAGCACAAGGAACAAGAUCUUUUGGGCAAUCUGAAGCGCCAUAAGGAUGAGGAUCUUCUCAAAGGCCAAGCAGUUAGAAACCAGAAGGCACUCUGGGACAAGACACUUGAACUAAGGUUCUUGCUGCAAAAGGCUUUCUCAAACUCCAAUAGACUUCCGCAGGAACCAAUAAGAUCUUCUUUUUGUGAUUCUGAGGACAGAGUUAAAGAUGCAUAUUCAGAUCUACUUGCCUCCUCCAGAAAAACCUUGGAUUCUAUACUGGAAUUGCAAGAGGUACUACUUGAGAAUAAUCCAUCAAUUACUCAAUCAAUGGACGUUAAUUCUGGUAAAAGGUUGAAGCUUUCGGAAGGUUCUGUUGAGUCAAAUGGUGAAGUUGAUGAAGAUUGGCAGAAGAUUUCUCAAAUGCAUUCAAGGAUGGCUGCUUUUAGGGACAAAUCGAUAGAUAAAUGGCAGAGAAAGACCCAGGUGACCUCUGGUGCUGCCGCAAUCAAAGGCAAAUUGCAAGCAUUUAAUCAGGACAUUAGUCAACAAGUGGCUGGUUAUAUGAGGGAUCCUAGCAAAAUGAUAAAAGGAAUGCAGCAUAGCAGAUCGGCAGUUGCACUAUUUGGAACUGCUUCAGAUGCUACUGGAAAUGGAGAGGGACCAAACAUGGAUGGUGAUCCCGAGCUUCUGGAUGACUCUGAAUUCUAUCAACAAUUGCUGAAGGAGUUUUUUGAGGCAGUCGAUCCCGCAUCAUCUGAGACGGCAUUCUAUGCAUUGAAGAGAUUGCAAACGAAGAAACGAAAAAUUGUUGAUCGCCGUGCAUCAAAGAGUCGUAAAAUACGGUACAAUAUUCAUGAAAAGAUUGUCAAUUUCAUGGCUCCUCAGCCUGUAAAUCUUCCACCAAUGGCCCCCAAAUUGUUUGAGAAUUUGUUCACAGGCGGCUCUACCCAUAGGCCAACAAAUGUCUUGCAUUAGGCCCCAAAAAUUGAAGGCUCCUAAAUUUUUUUCCUAUUCGAUAUAAAAUAUGUAAUUCAAAUGAUUAUUUCUCUGUACUUAGUAAAUUGUUUUAACCAGUUAUCAGUUCGUAAUCAAUCGUUAACCACAUAGUUCUCA